AUGACCCGAGUUCACUCGGCCAAGGGCUAUCAACCCAGCAACAACAACUAUACAAUUUUUGAGCACGGAGCUGCACCUUCCGGCAUUGCUGCUCCGCAUCCUACUGGUUGCUCCGUACUAAAUCAUGAGAGGGAGUGGUCGGAGAAUUACGUUGCCCCAUGCUGCCAGCGACGAAGUUCAUCGGCGUCUUCGGCAUCAUCGUCGUCAUCCUACGCCACACCUCCACCUUCCCCACCGCAAUCACAACAACAGCAUCGAUUGCAGUCCGUAGACCUGGGUUGCAAUGGAUACAACGUUCUCCGAAAAGACCGCACCAGAGGCUACGGUGGAGGCAUCGCAUUUAUUAUACACAACACCGUGCAGUAUAGGGCUCUUUCUCUCGAUCUGAAUUCUAGAGACCAAUAUCUUGAAGUUCAGGGUAUUGCGGUCAGAUCGGGAGAUACGGAGUUGGAGCUCUAUAAUGUCUACAUUCCGCCAGUAGCCAGUUGUCCAACAGGCUACCAUCCCGACAUUAGGACCUUACUAGAUGGUGAUACUCGUUUGGUCCUAGGGGAUUUUAACGCUCACCAUCAGCUCUGGCACUCAAGUCUUGGGGAAGACCAGAGAGGAGCGUCACUGGCGGAACUGAUUGACGAAUCCACCUUCUGCAUACUAAAUGAUGAUGCCCCCACACGGAUUAUGGGUCCUGGUCUGAUUAACUGCACAACCUGGCGUUCAGUUAUUUCUCUAAGAUCAGACCAUUUACCCAUAAUCGUUUGUCUGGAUAGACCUAACGAUUUAAUCGUCUCUGAAUGCCGAACUUACAUCAACCAAAAGAAAGCAGACUGGCACGGCUACAGAGAAUUUACCGACCGCAUCUUCAAUGGUCUACCGAUUCCCUCCAACGUACACAAAGCAGAGAGGAAGUUUCGCGAAACCAUCACAGCAGCAGCCGCUCGCUUCAUUCCCGCUGGUAGAAUAUCCGUAGUGCGACCGCACUUCCCAGCAGAAGCAGCGGGACUCGCAGAUGAGCGUGAUGACAUCCGAAGUACCAACCCUGACGACCCUAGGAUCGCCCAGCUGAACCGCGAUAUCAGCAGGUUGGUAAAUGAGGACAAGCGAAACAAAUGGUUGGAUCAUUUGAAUAACUGCAACUUAAGUUCUGGAGUUGGCAAGUUGUGGUCCACAGUUCGGUCUCUCUCCAAUCCGACUAAGAAGGAUGAUAGGGUCGCGAUUAAGUUUGCAGAUACCACCAUAUCCGACCCUAAACGGUGCGCGCGAGCUUUUUGCCGACAAUUCAUUGAGCACCCCGAGAGAGACAAGGCGAAGAAGUAUUGUCCGCAAACUACACGAUCUUCCAGUCUCGGACACACCACAACUUUACACGCCAACUGA